AUGGAACUAAAUAAAAGGGAAGUAUUUGGGCGUGCUCAGAUAGUCAAGGACAAUAAAUUGCUAGUAUACAUACCAGAAGACCAAAUGCACCUUGCACUCCCGUCAUCGUGAAUUAGUAAAGCCCCUAUAAACUCUGUGAUAAGGAUUUACCAUUACAAUGACAAAUAUCAUAAAGCUGAGCUAUACAAUGCAUACUCCACAGUUGACGGAAUUAUCGUUGAAGACCGAAUAGAGAACUAUUUAGUGAAUGUUCAAGCCUCAUACAAUUCUUCUGUUUGCAUAAUAGUCCCAAAAAAUCUGUUUACAAUCGAUAAAGUUAAACCUUUAGUCGGAUCUCAAGUCACUCUAUACAAGUCUGAAAAUGGGAAAAUUUGGAACGUAAUAGUUAAAGAAGAAAAAAACGCAGAACCAGAGAUACAAAAGAUAGAAGGUGGCGAUGAAGAAUACCCAGAAACUGUAGGAAAAUCAAGAAUAAAUAUAUAUUAUCUGAAGAGUGAAUUUGCUUUUAACAGCAAAAUAAUAGAAUGUAUUGAAAAAUUGGGGACAGAAUAUGCAGCAUUCAGAAGGUCAAGAGGUGAUGGGAACUGCUAUUAUCGCGCUGUAGGAGUCAGCUAUAUCGAGCACUUGUGUAGACCAACUACAAAUUUAAGCCAGUUUGAAAAGUUUAUAAGCAAGCUUGAGAAAAGACAAGGAAUUUUUAGAGAAAUUAAUGGGUUUAGUCGCAGAAAAGAAUUUUUAAAGCUCCUAGAUUAUUUAUAUAGCUGCAAAAAGGCAAAUGUAUGGUCAGCUAUAAAAGAGGCUCAAAAUAUUUUUCAAGAUAUAAACGAUGAUGAGACUAUUGUCAGAGAAAUGAGAGCAAUUGCUUCUUUAUACUUAGUUGAUAAUUCUACAAGCACAAAACUUUCUGGAUUUCUAAUCUCUGAUGAAAUUGGAUACGGGACUACUCAGUCUGUGUAUAUGAAAAUGAUGAAAAUGGGAGAAGAAGCUGAAGGAGUGGCCUUUAAUUGUAUGUCAGAAGCUCUUCAGAUAAGGAUCCACCAUAUUUGCUUAAGAAGAGAUGGACUGGACAUUCAUACUUUUGAGCCUGAAGAAAGCAAUAAUUCUGAUAUGUAUUUACUAUUGAAGCCUGGGCAUUAUGAUUUGCUUUACACCCAUAAACAAAUUCAAGACGACUGCUAUGACUUAGAAACAUGCCAAUUUUUGCCUCAAGGAUCACAGAAUCGUAGUGAUCAACAAGCAGUCCGAGGAGCUCCAGAAGACUACACAGCAAAACUGCUGAAUCAUGUCCAGUAUUUAUAUGAAAAUUUAUAUCAUUUAUCAGUGAGUAAUAAGUUGCAUAGAUCGGAUCUUCUCCCAGAUUUCGGUCAGAGGAUUUCUAGCUUUUGGAAUGAAUUUACAAGCUUAGAUAACUGCAAUUAUAGCCCAUCCUUAAGCGAUUUGACUAAAGCUGAAGAAAAUCUAUUAAAAUUGGCUAAGAGCGAUAAUUUCGCUUGUCGACUAUUAGAAAUCUGCUUUUACUGCCAAGAAAAACAAGCUUGCAUUAUGCUAAAAUGCGGUCACUUAUACUGCCAAGAGGACAUAAUCGACUGCCUAGAGCAGCAAACAGCAGGGAUGUUCUUACUAAACCCAUUCGAAAAAACCUCACCUAUAACAUGCCUGAUGUGUACCCAAGAAAUUAGUCAAGACGAAGUAAAAGCCGUAUUAGGAAAUACCUGGCAAGACUAUGACAAGAUGAGAGAAGAAAGGCAAAAACAAUAUCAGCACAAAAUAGAUAGGGGACAAGGAAUCAUCAUAUGUCCUAACUGUGAAGGAAGGAAAAAGCAGGAAGAUUUUAGGAAUAAGCACAAGUGCAUGUGUGACAGCUGCAUUAGUAAUAUUGUGUCGCAAACCAAAAUUUGUCCUAUUUGUGAAGAAGAAAUUAGGAUGGAAGAAAUUGUUGGGAUUGUGAAGCCUGUUUGUGGGUAUUGCCAAGAGGUUAUUACAGAAUUUAGCUUGGUAAAGUGUAAGACACAUUGACUGUGUAUCAAUUGUGAAUCAUUCAGCUAUUUACCACAAAAUUGUAUUUUCUGUCACAGAAAUUUCAGUAAAGGAGAGUAUGAACUGAUUUCUACCCAUCAUAAAUUUUACUGUGACAUUUGUAAGGGAAGCUUUAAUCAAGAAGACUUAAAUCCAAGCUUGUGUCCCUGCACAAUUUGUAAAGGCUGCUUUAACUCAUGUGUAAAUGAUAAUGGUAGUGUCUGUUAUUUUUGUGGGAGAAUGAUAGAAGAGAUUGACAUCUCAGUUUUAAAGAAAUUUGAAGACCCUGCUCCUCUGCCAUCUAAAAAAAGCUGUGCGGUUUGCAUUGAAGAGUUUUCAAGAGCAGAAAUGCUUACAUUGUCCUGCGACCAUUAUUUUUGCAAAAAUUGCUUACUCUUCCUCCGAGCGAACAAAAAAAUCUUGUUCGCGUUUAAUUUUUUUUUUAAAAAAAUUUAUAUAGAAAUUUGAUAGAAAUUUUUUUUUUCGAAAUUUAAAAAAAUCUUUAUUCACAACAAUUGGAAAGCAAAUAUUAAUUUAAUUUAUAAAAUUUAUGUUUUAAAACGCAAUUUGUUUAAAAUUAAACAAAAUUAGCCCGAGAUUUCAUUAUAAUAAUUACAACUUAUAUAUCAAAAUUUUUUAUAAAAAAAUUUUGGUUCGUUCACAGAGGGUGGGUUUUUGGCAAAAAAAUAUGGAUUUUUCUAAUGGUUUGGUUCGCUCACGGAGGGGGAGUUAGUGGGAUAUUUAGAAAGCGAAAUAGAUUCUGGGAGAAUAAUAAAUGGAAUUAAAUGCCCUAUUCCAGAGUGCCUAGAGAUAGUAGACGGAAGUAUUAUGAUUGCCAAUUUGAGUCCAGAAAAAUGGGACCAUUAUAAUAAAAUUUCAAUAAAAAAGCAAUACAAAAUCACAGAAUGCCCUAAGUGCAAUUCAGAAUUUGAAAUAGAUCAAAACAAGGUAAGGUGUCCUCAAUGUAAAGCUAAAUUUUGUGCUGCAUGUCUGAAAGAUCAGCACGAAGGAAGCUGUGAUGAGAAUGAAAGAAAAGAACUCUUGAGAGACUUAGAAAAAGAAGGAGAGUCAGUAUCUGAAUGUCCAGGAUGCCAUUAUCCUUAUCUAAAGGACAACGCCUGCGAUCAUGUAAAAUGCACCCAGCCUGAUUGUGGAAUUGAAUUUUGCUUUAGGUGUUCGUGCAUAAGAGCGCCAACAUUAGUGCAUGGAAAUCAUUAUCAUAGGCCAGAAUGUAACUUUCAUGCUGAAUAUAAUGGAGAAGAUGUGUAUAGUCCUGAUAAAUGCAUAGAGUGCAAAAAAUUAGGCAGACUCUGCCCAAAGCCGCAGAAAUUGAAGGCUCAGAGAAAAUUUGAUGAAGGCGAAGUUUAA